AUGGAGUUGGAGGGGCGGGGUGCUGGCGGUGUGGCGGGGGGGCCGGCGGCUGGGCCGGGGCGGAGCCCCGGGGAGUCGGCGCUGCUGGACGGGUGGCUGCAGCGGGGCGUGGGCCGGGGGGCCAGCGGCGGGGAGGCCGGGGCCUGCAGGCCCCCUGUACGACAGGAUCCGGACUCCGGCCCGGACUACGAGGCGCUGCCGGCUGGAACCACUGUCACCACGCACAUGGUGGCGGGCGCCGUGGCAGGGAUCCUGGAGCACUGCGUGAUGUACCCCGUCGACUGCGUCAAGACCCGGAUGCAGAGCCUACAGCCGGAUCCAGCCGCCCGCUACCGAAAUGUGUUGGAGGCCCUCUGGAGGAUUAUAAGAACGGAGGGCCUGUGGAGGCCCAUGCGCGGCCUGAACGUCACAGCAACAGGCGCAGGGCCUGCCCACGCCCUCUAUUUUGCCUGCUAUGAAAAGUUAAAAAAGACAUUGAGUGAUGUAAUCCACCCUGGGGGCAAUAGCCAUAUUGCCAAUGGUGCAGCUGGGUGUGUGGCAACAUUACUUCAUGACGCUGCCAUGAAUCCAGUGGAAGUGGUCAAGCAGAGGAUGCAAGUGUACAACUCUCCGUACCGCCGGGUGGCAGACUGUGUCCGAGCAGUGUGGCGGAACGAGGGGGCCGGGGCCUUCUACCGCAGCUACACCACCCAGCUCACCAUGAACGUGCCCUUCCAAGCCAUCCACUUCAUGACCUACGAGUUCCUGCAGGAGCACUUUAACCCCCAGAGACGGUACAACCCCAGCUCCCACGUCCUCUCCGGAGCCUGUGCAGGAGCUGUAGCUGCCGCUGCCACAACCCCACUGGACGUUUGCAAAACACUGCUCAACACCCAGGAAUCCCUGGCCUUGAACUCCAACCUUACAGGACAUAUCACAGGCAUGGCUAGUGCCUUCAGGACGGUGUAUCAAGUAGGCGGGGUGACUGCCUACUUCCGAGGGGUGCAGGCUAGAGUCAUUUACCAGAUCCCCUCCACAGCCAUCGCUUGGUCUGUGUACGAGUUCUUCAAAUACCUGAUCACUAAAAGGCAAGAAGAGUGGAGGGCAGGCAAGUGAAGCAGCACCAGAUGGAACCAGGGUUCAGCCAGCACUGAUGCCCUGCCCACCCCAGCCAUGUUCUCCGCCUUGGGACGCACCCCAGCCUCGAGUGGAGGAAGGAAGGCAGAGGGCUCGCUCUCCCCAGGCUCUGGGUGUCUGGCUGACACCAGUUCCUGCCGCCCUCUGUCGCCACCGCCUUUCCUUCCGGGCCUUAAGCAAGUGCAGUGAGUCACACCACAGCAUCUCUGACACUCUCCUUCCUGGGCCUGAUGACCUGCUCUAGACUGUUACAGAGGGAUAAGCAGCUCAUUCCCCUGGUUCCUAAUAAAAAGCCU